CUAAACUGCUUUGUAAUCUAUAAACAGGCCGGUUUUUACGCCGGACCGACCGUUGGAAAAGCUGACCAUUCAUCCGACAGCUUUUUAGAGCUCCGUGUUCAAUCAUAAGAAGUGUAUAUCAUAUGUUAGCUUGAGCAGUCUGAUCUGAUCUUCAGCAGUCAUGGGCUCCAGAGCUUCGUCUUUACUCAGAGAAGAGGACAUUGAAGAGAUUAAGAAAGAAACUGGAUUCUCUCACAGUCAGAUCACUCGCCUCUACAGCCGCUUUCACAGUUUGGACAAAGGAGAAAACGGAGGACUCAGCCGUGAAGACUUCCAGAGGAUUCCUGAGUUGGCUAUAAAUCCUCUCGGUGAUCGGAUAAUUAAUGCCUUCUUCCCAGAGGGUGAGGAUCAGGUGAACUUCAGAGGCUUCAUGAGGACUCUGGCUCAUUUCCGGCCUGUGGAGGACAAUGAGAAGAACAAAGACCUGACAGGAGAGCCGCUCAACAGCAGAACCAACAAACUGCUCUUUGCAUUCCGGUUAUAUGACCUCGACAGAGAUGACAAGAUCUCCAGAGAUGAGCUGCUCCAGGUGCUGAGGAUGAUGGUAGGAGUGAACAUUUCAGAUGAGCAGUUGGGAAGCAUCGCAGACAGAACAAUCCAGGAGGCAGACACUAAUGGAGACAUGUGCAUCUCCUUCAACGAGUUCACCAAGGUAUUGGAAAAAGUGGAUGUCGAACAAAAGAUGAGCAUCCGUUUCCUUCACUGAAGACCAAACACAUUCUGAACUCUGAUUGGAGCCCGUCUGUGACAUCAUAGAUAAGACACGCCCCCUGGUUCUCCUCUGUGUGAGCUGAUUCGCCUUCGAUCAACAUUUGCUCCAGUCAUCUGUCACUCUUGAGUUGCUGGUGCACUAGACGGACGCAACGUCCAGGUGCCUUCAAUACUCUUAUAAAUGACAAUUCUCUAUUUAUUAUUAACAGUUUCAAAGCUUUCCAAAUGGCUGAAUCUUGUCGUUUAAAUUGACACUGACAGAAUCCUUUUGUCAUGAUUUCAUCACAAUCUCUGAGGCCAAAUCUGAUGUUCCCUUUUCACCCAUGAAAAUAUUUAACUUAUGCCACAUUCACUCAAAAAUACCUCAUCAUUCUUCUUUUAUUUCCUCAUAAGGGCGGACACUUUUUUUUUCUGUCUCGUAAUAAAUAAUGAUUUGUAAGUCAUCGCUUGGGAGGGAGUGAAAUACAGAUGAAUCCACUACAUAAGACACAUUCAAUAGGGUUUUCUCUUUAAAUGUCUUAUAAACUGUGAACUAGAUCAGCUUCAGUGCUUCCCACAGGUUUUAAAUAUACUUGUGGUGGUAGCCGUAUUGAAAAACUUUUUACCCACAUCACAUUAAUAGUUAUCUACAGUUGAAGUCCGAAUUAUUAGCCUCCCUUUAAUUUUUUUUUUUAUUUUAAAUAUUUCCCAAAUGAUUUUUAACAGAGCAAGGACAUUUUUUUUCUUUUGGGGAAAGUUUUGUUUGUUUUAUUUCGGCUAAAAUAAAAGCCUUUAAUU